AUGGAGAAAGAUAAGAAAAUGAAUCAGUCAGUACCGAAAACCAUAGAAAGAGAAAACGCUGCACACCCAUUGACUUUGAGAGAGAUGAGUGGUACAAACUUACAGCAAGCACCGGCAGUGAGAUUAACCUCACCGAAGGAAACAAACAACAACGAAGACGCGGAAGACGAGGAUUUUACCAUUGACGACGAUGAAACGACGCUACAAAGAAUAAGUAAGGACUAUUUGAAGCCGAAUAUUGGACUUGUUCUUUUGACGGUAUCAUAUUUUUUCAACUCAGCCAUGGUUGUGUCUACCAAAGUCUUAGAGAACGAUCCUGAAGAUAUUGCUAACGAUAGACAGAUCAAACCGCUGCAAAUCUUGCUAGUCAGAAUGGUGAUAACCUACAUCGGUACGUUAAUAUACAUGUACAUCAAUAAAAGUACCAUUCCAAAUGUACCAUUCGGCAAGCCCGAAGUACGUAAAUGGCUGAUACUGAGAGGUUGCACUGGGUUUUUCGGAGUGUUUGGGAUGUAUUACUCAUUAAUGUACUUGACGAUUAGUGAUGCUGUUUUGAUCACUUUCCUGUCGCCAUCCUUAACUAUAUUCCUAUCGUGGGUUAUCCUAAGGGAAAGAUUCACGAAAGUGGAAGCACUCGGUUCGCUUAUUUCACUAAUGGGAGUGGUGUUGAUUGUGAGACCGUCAUUUUUGUUUGGAACGCCGGAAAUGACUGACUCCUCUCGAAUAGUAGAAUCGUCAGACCCAAAGUCGAGGCUGGUUGCCACCCUGGUUGGGCUGUGGGGGGUCCUAGGGAUGAGUUGUGUCUACAUCAUUAUCCGUUACAUCGGCAAGAGAGCACAUGCUAUAAUGAGCGUGAGCUAUUUUUCAUUGAUUACAGCGAUAGUGUCAUUUAUUGGGAUCAAUACCAUUCCCUCAAUGAAGUUUCAGAUCCCACAUUCUAGGAAGCAAUGGAUAUUAUUUGGUAAUCUAGGUGUUUCCGGAUUUAUCUUCCAGCUCUUACUAACUCUGGGAAUCCAAAGGGAACGCGCCGGGAGAGGAUCCCUGAUGGCGUACACCCAGCUACUUUAUGCAGUUUUCUGGGACGUUACACUGUACAAGCAUUGGCCCAAUGUCUGGUCAUGGGUCGGUAUGAUAGUUAUAAUAAGCGCCACGUUGUGGGUGAUAAGGAUAAGGGCAGCGAAUAGCGAAGCAAUGAACAAGGACCCGGCCCCGGUCAUCGACGAUGAAGAAAAUUCCAUACCGCUAACGGACUUUGAUGUAUCCGAUCCCAAGUGA